AUGAAAGUCAAUGACCAUUCACUGGUUUGGCAACCUUUGAAUCUUUGCACUUUUCUUACACUUUACAUCUAUGUUUUUGUAUUUGCGGCUUUAGUAAGAGCCAGACCGGCAGCUAGACAGAGGAGUUACGAUAAUGUGGAUGGAGAUCCUCAUUUUAUGAUAGAGCUGCCAGAGAGAGAGGACGCACUGUGCUUUGACAUCAACGGAUCACCUGGAACCAUCUUGAACCUGGUUAAAGACUCCUCCUCAGGUUUUCUGGUGAACGGGCAACUCGUUGGGAAAAAGCAAAAGAAAGCGAGCGCGAGUGGAGUCAAGACCUACUUUGACCACAUCGGUGUGGACCACCGAGCCCUGGAGGUGAGGCUGGAGGUGACCACUGAGUUCAUCACACUGUCCCAGGACGGUCAACAGGUCAAGCUGCUGUGGUCAGAUCAAGCUUCCCUCAAAGGACCCAGUGUGAAGCUUAAGGUGAUGAACAACAACAGUCUGACCGUGACCAUAAGGGACUACAUCAAGUUUAGGGUGGUCAGGCACACAAAGGUGUGGAGUAAACGGCACUACCAUCAGGAUUAUCUGGGAUUCUACACAUUGGAAAGUCAUCGUAUGUCCCAGGAAGUCCACGGCCUGCUUGGUCAGUUCUAUCAUGGGAUUGGGUUUGAGGUUGGAGAUCAACGUCCAGGAGAGGCUCCUGAGAAACCAGACGCCACCAUGUAUGUCAAAGGACAUCAGCUCAAUGUGACCAGGAGCUGGCAUCAAGACUUCAGGAAGGAUGUGCAGAGCGGAGUGCAUGUUCCCUGCUGGUUCGCUCACAGUAAUGGAACAGGGCUCAUUGACGGGAGUGCUUCAGAUUACAUUGUGUCAGGCCUCUUUAAGACUGACAAGUAGGUAGUAUCAUUGAUUACAUAGCCAGACACUUCAGGCCGGCUAACAGCCUCUCUAUUUCAAUCACCUCUCAGUGGCAGCCCAGGGACCACAGGGAUUGGAGAAGUUCCAUAUCCCUGAUAAAGGGGCCAUUUGGCUAACUUUAAUUUCAGCUACUUAUUGCAUAGGUCUGGUUGAGGAGUUUUAACUGAAGGAGCCACUCAUUGGUACUUAUGAGUUCAGAUCAAGGAUCCAUCUGUAAUCUUUUUACGAUAUUUCUAAACAAGCGUGUUCUCCAUGAUAUCUGAAAUCUUUGGUUGCCUCCAGGGGGAGUUGUUGCUGUAACAAUGGAGGAGGAGAAUUAGGGAUUUAGUAGUAGUACUUAUUCCAACUGUUGAAGUGACGACAUUAAGCCGAUUACCUCAAAGUAUUUUUUUAAUAUUCUCAUAUUAUUUCUAAAUUGUAUAAAAAGGAAAAAUUGUGCCAAAAUCACCUGAUUUUUGAUGUUUGUAAUGCAGCACAAUUAUGCUUCAUUAAGAAAAAAUACAAAACCAAAA